CGUCCGGUUGGACGCAUGUGCAGGCAUCCCUUUGGAUGCUCGAAGCGAGCCUCUUUCGGAGAGGCAAGCAGUCGUCUUCCACUCUACUGCCUCGACCAUAAGAUGCCGCAACACAUCAAUGUGAACUCGAGGAUGUGUCACUAUCCCGAAUGCAAGCGGCAGCCUCUCUUCGGAGACGCCUGCGAUGGCGUACCACGUUUCUGCGGCGAACAUCGACGGAAAAGCGAUUUGGAUCUCGUUCAUUCUCGCUGCAGCUUUGAUGGCUGCGUCAGCAUUCCCUGGUACGGGGAAGUUGGCAAGUCUCCGCAGUACUGUAGCAAGCACAAACGGCGGAACAUGGUCAACUUG